UGACCAUAUUAGGCUCAUGUGGUCUGUUGUCAUGACGGGUAUGUUGCAAAGGACAGGUUCAUAACAAUUGGAGCUUAUUUUUCUUUUAACAAACGUUGGGACACCUUUGUCAUUCAUUUGUUUAUACUGGCAAGACUACAGAGUGAAGCUGAAGUGGUUACCCUUUAAGUCACAUUUAGGAGUCUCUUAAAAGAAGCAGAGGGUGUUUUUCCUCCUAAUUUGACAGCUAGUUUAUCUGCGCAGUAGAUUAUAAUCAAGUGGCAGCUUCAAAAGUCAGAAUGUGUGAGAAAACUGGCUUUUAAUCAAAAGUGUAGCUGCACACAAAACCAGACCAAGUGUAUAACAGCUCUUUAGACUUGAACUCUGACAAUAAGACACUUGACUAGUGGAUCACUGCAGUUUAUUCCACAUAUUUACUCUAGCUAUUGCUUUGCUGAUACUUUCAGCAGUGUUUUCCUCUUCUGACCCUGGUCUCACAUGACACAGAUUGCUUGUAGGAGCAUAUGACCAGUUCAGCGUGCAAAAUGACAUUUGAGUGUAGUAGUUAAGAUUGUAAUGGGAAAUCCCUGAGAGCAUUUGUACAUAUUUGGAAAUAAGGCAAAAUUCUAUUACUGUGAUAUAUAUAACAGUGUUAUGGAGAAUUAAAUCGUUCCUCUUUUUAAAAAAAAAUAAGCAUAAGCUUUCAUGGGACAAUUUGACACAGAUUAAUGUUUUGGAAACCUUUGUGAAUGCUUUACUGAUACAAAACUGGACAUGUAGCAACAAUCUUUGAAGCUGAUGGGAAUUUACUGGUGGUGUUGGGUUAUUUUUAGUUGUUGCAAUAUGUUUAGCAUCAUAACUAAGUUGUUUCAGCAACGAUGAUUUAACAGAAAUUAUAUAUAUGUUUACUCUCAACUUAUCAGUUACAAUGGUCUACUGUCUUGUACAUCUGAUCACCAUCUCUGCUGGAGAGCUGCUGUUGUGUUUUCAGGGCGCAAGUUUCAGAGCUCAGCUCACACUUGGCUAAAGAGCCUGGAAGUUCUCGCGGCACCAAACUAAAAACGCUGCUGUGUUCCCUCUGGAUAUGGAACAUCAAACAGAUGAUUAAGCUGACUCAAGAGCACAUAGAGGCACUUCUGGACAAGUUCGGUGGUGAACACAACCCCCCAUCCAUAUACCUGGAGGCCUAUGAAGAGUACACCAGUAAGCUUGAUGCUUUACAGCAGAGGGAGCAGCAGCUGCUGGAGGCAAUCGGGAAUGGCACUGAAUUCUGCUCCUCGCCCACCCCCAGCCCGCUGGAGAUGAAGUUGGGAGCAGCUCAGGGCCUCCCUGCUGCCCCAAACACCCUAGCUGUGUUGCAGACCCCCACAGACGGUGCUCGUGGCAACCCCCGCUCACCUCAGAAACCCAUUGUCAGAGUAUUUCUGCCCAACAAACAGAGGACAGUGGUCCCGGCACGUUGCGGGAUGACCGUAAGGGACUCCUUGAAGAAGGCUCUGAUGAUGCGAGGUCUGAUACCAGAAUGCUGUGCUGUCUACAGGAUUCAGGAUGGGGAGAAGAAGCCCAUUGGCUGGGACACAGACAUUUCCUGGUUGACGGGAGAGGAACUCCAUGUGGAGGUUUUAGAGAAUGUGCCCCUGACAACCCACAAUUUUGUGAGGAAGACGUUCUUCACAUUGGCCUUCUGUGAUUUCUGCCGGAAACUGCUGUUCCAGGGUUUCCGCUGCCAGACGUGUGGCUAUAAGUUCCAUCAGCGCUGCAGCACUGAGGUCCCACUCAUGUGCGUCAACUACGACCAGCUGGAUUUAUUACUGGCAUCUAAGUUUUUGGUGCACCACCCCAUUACCCAGGAGGAGGUGUCAUCAGAGGGUACCACCCCUGUGUCGGAGAUGUGUCCGUCCAUCCCACCAUCUGACUCCACAGGGUCACUGUGCCAUCCGAGUGUGUCCCCGUCCAAAUCUAUCCCCAUCCCACAGAGUUUCCGGCCAGGAGAGGAAGACCACCGUAACCAGUUUGGCCAGAGAGACCGGUCUUCCUCAGCUCCCAACGUCCAUAUCAACACAAUUGAGCCAGUCAACAUUGAUGACUUGAUUCGUGACCAAGGUUUACAGAGGUCUGAUGGAGGCUCCACUACUGGACUGUCGGCCACGCCCCCUGCCUCCUUGCCAGGUUCCCUUACCAAUGUGAAGAUUCCGCAGAAGUCGCCAUGCCAACAACGGGAGCGCAAGUCUUCGUCCUCAUCUGAGGACCGCAAUAAAAUGAAAACACUGGGCCGACGGGACUCCAGUGAUGACUGGGAGAUUCCUGAAGGUCAGAUCACUUUGGGCCAGCGGAUAGGAUCUGGCUCUUUUGGAACUGUCUACAAGGGGAAAUGGCACGGCGAUGUGGCAGUAAAGAUGUUGAAUGUCACUGCCCCUACUCCUCAACAACUACAGGCCUUCAAGAAUGAAGUUGGGGUUCUCAGGAAAACCCGGCACGUCAAUAUCCUGCUCUUCAUGGGUUACACCACCAAGCCCCAGCUGGCUAUCGUCACACAGUGGUGCGAAGGCUCCAGCCUCUACCACCACCUGCACAUUAUUGAGACAAAGUUUGAGAUGAUCAAACUGAUCGACAUCGCCCGCCAGACAGCCCAGGGCAUGGACUAUCUGCAUGCCAAGUCUAUCAUACACCGAGACCUGAAGAGCAACAAUAUCUUCUUGCAUGAGGACCUGACAGUAAAGAUUGGUGAUUUCGGUCUCGCUACGGUGAAGUCCCGCUGGAGUGGAUCGCACCAGUUUGAGCAGCUCUCUGGCUCGAUCCUGUGGAUGGCUCCUGAGGUAAUCCGGCUGCAGGAUAAGAACCCAUACAGCUUCCAGUCAGACGUCUACGCCUUUGGCAUUGUGCUGUAUGAGCUCAUGUCGGGGGCUUUGCCUUACUCCAACAUCAACAACAGAGACCAGAUCAUCUUCAUGGUCGGCCGGGGUUAUCUUUCUCCUGACCUGAGCAAGGUGCGCAGCAACUGCCCCAAAGCCAUGAAGAGACUCAUGGCUGACUGCUUAAAGAAGAAAAGAGAGGAGCGACCCCUUUUCCCUCAGAUCCUGGCCUCCAUUGAGCUUUUGGCGCGCUCCCUACCCAAGAUUCACCGCAGCGCCUCUGAACCAUCCCUCAACCGUGCUGGCUUCCAGACGGAAGACUUCAGUCUGUACGCCUGCGCCUCUCCGAAAACACCCAUUCAGGCUGGAGGCUACGGAGAAUUCUCAGCAUUUAAGUAGUGCCACCAACUGAAAAGUCCAUCCCUCGUCACUUUUUAAGAUGUCUUGUGUUCCUACAGUGGGUUCAUCCAUAAAACAGAAAAAAACACCUAGUUUCAAAGAAUGUGCUGUUUUUCUUCCUCUUUACCUGAAGAACAACGGUGUUAAUGGAAUCGCUAAAAAAAUAAUGAAAACAAAAAAAAAAAUUAAAAUGGGGGGGAAAAAAAAAAACUCAGCUGGGAACCAUCGCUGAUUUUAAGGAAAAAAUUAUCAUAACCUGAAAACAAGAAAACUUGAAAUGAUGCGCAUAAAAUAAAAUUGACACUGAAGUUGCGAAACCUUAAAGGUGGCCACCGGACGAAAGAGGAGGACAAAUGCAGGACGUCAGGAUGAAGCGUCAGAAGUCUCGCCUUGAGGAGAAAAAAAAGGACAGCUGACUUUUGGAGCCAUGCGGACAGAAAGGACCAAUGAACGGUGCUUAAGAUUGUCUUGCCUUUCUGUUUUCCUGCUGGGGUCAGCAUGCAGUGCUGACCAAAAGGAGCACAGGAUUUAUACAUUGACCAACGGCAUGAUUCUGUAGUAGAGAAUAGAGCGAGCGAUAGCGUGUCCUUGUUGGCGGUUUCUCUUUGGAUAUCAUAAGGGAAUGAGGUUGGAUCUCAACCGAUCUCGGAGAGGAUGUCGGGAGAUGACUUGAAUGACGUUAGAAACGGUUCUUUUUCUUGUACUGAGUUUGUUACGUUUUGAUGUUGCCUAAGGCCAGAGCUGCUGAUAAUGUUUUUGUCCCUUUUUGUUUUUAUUCUUUUUUUUUCUUUUGUUUUGUUUUUUUUUGAUUUUCUUGUUUACUUUAUCCCACAGUUUUCUUUGCUUUUGCAGUAAUAUGGUGCCAGAUCAAUUACAUUCCUUUGUGGAGACGGGUAAAGUAUCAGUUGGAUUGACUUCGCUUAUUUGGCUUUGUUUACAGAGGAACGGUAGGGGAAUGUUUGUUUUGCAGAUAUCCAAUAUUGCCCAAACAAAUAUGCUCCAUUCUACUGGAUGGUGACUGUGAUAUUCAGUAUAACUACAUCCCACCCCAGGGAAUCUUUUUGUUGUAUUUAUAAAUGUGGUGAGCUAUAUGAAGAAGCUCAUGGGCUUUAUUAUGGCCUCACAAACACAAGUCAGAUCCAUUAAUAAAAUUAGCCAUUUUAUUGUAGUGACCUGAGGGGGCUUACUGUGAGGCUGAAAGUGAUGUAGGAUCAGUUCAUGCUUUGUCAUAUUAAACAUAGCUUCAUAAGGAUGGAGAGCUCAUCAUAGAUUAGCUGUUCCAUUCUGGAACCUACCAGAGAUACCCAUGUACCCAUAUAUUCAAUUCUACAUCCAUUAUUUACUUUAUAUUAGCAGAGUAUCUUUUAGCAGAUUAAUGCUGCUGCCACUCUCGCUGUGAGGUGGCCGAGUGAAACUAAUGCUAUGUCCUUUGUUCCCAGCUUUGACUUCCGACAGAAUGGAGACAUUCUUAAGGACCAUAUGUGUAAGGGUUGAUGCGUCAAGUGUCAUACCAUUUGCCCCCUUUGGGCAUCCAUUCCAGUGUAUUUGUUGAGUUUUUUAUGUUUUUGUGUCUUUUCAUGGACAGGCAGGCCUGCAGAAUAGAUUUAUUUAUGUAGCUUUAAUUUUAUUCCAUUUUUCUCCCUCACCUCUAGGAGAGGUUCUUUUUUUGUUCUUGGAGAGGUUUUCUUUUUUUUUGUUUUUUUUUUGUAAGCUACUUGUUUUCUGUGAUUGCUUAAAUGGAUGUUAAGCUGUGUCCUUUGCACUUUUGUAAAACAUUGAUGCAAAACAAGCAAUUUGCCUUUCAAUGGACAAAAACAUUUUUGUCAGUGUUUCUAAGCAUGACUAAAUAUUCUCAGUAUCACAAUGGGAUUAAAAUGCCAUUACACAUUAGGAGAUACAGCCAGAGCUUUAGGGGGGAAAAAGAAACAGACCACACCAUUUUUAAAAAUGAAUGCGAUUUCUGACACUGUGUUGACGCUUGUUGGAUAUUUCAGAUGACACAUUUGAACAGAUUGCAGGUUGCAGAUCUGCCUGCUUGUUACCAGUUUGCUCUCUAUUAUGUUCGACACUGCACACUUCUCUGUAUCUUUCAGCGAUCAGAUCCACAAAUUGCUCAUUAGACUGAUCGAUUAGAGGCUUCUCAAAGAAUCUGUCAAUUACACUCUACUACAUAGGCAAGAACUUAUAUCCAGUUGCUUCUUUUUUUGAAGGAUGGAAUUGUUUUCAUUUUUUUUCUCCCAAUAUCAGUGAUGACACAAUGUGAAUUCAUGAUUAACCAUAAAGUGUACACAAGGAAGUGCACGAGUCUGUCGAAGGAGCCCUGUUGGAUGUGACAGCGUUCAGUCUCCUCAAGCUUUGGAGAUGUUUAAAUGGACCAGUUCUUGCUCUCAUGCUGAGGACUCUUUCAACCCUCCUUUCAGUUGGCAGACCUAAAGCGGGACGUAAGGAAAUAACGGAGGCGAGAUUUUAAGAGUGCUGUAUUUAUUUUCAAGAUUUUCUUAUUUUAUAUGAGAAUGUUACUAAAGAGGUUUAUCUUUCGAAGGAUUGCUCACUUGACUGUGGAACACUUGGGGACAGUUCCUUUUUUCCCUUUUUUUGGUCUUCUAAAAGCCCUUUUCCUCUUCACUUCUUUUCAGAUAUUUUAGUUUUGUCGUUUUGUGUCCCCUUCGUGUCCCUCCUCUUCCCUGCCCCCCUUCUAGCCACCUUUGUUCCUUUGCCUUGCCUGCACCUUAAACCCCUAGUAUAAGUUAAUUCAACUGAGAACUAUCAUAAAAGCUUUUGGGAGACUCUUUUCACCUGUAAAUAGCUGUACAAAGGAAAUACUGUCCGUUUGCUAGGAGGCAUGGAGUUAAAAAAUGUUUCCAAUGAAGAAAUAAAGGUUAAGAAAAGACAUUUUGAUAGAUGAAAUUCUGAAAAAAAAAUUCUGUGUAAAAAUAUUUAAGAUUGUAUAAUAUAAAAGAAGAAAGAGCUUAAUGUAUUUGUUGUGAAUAUGAAAAACUGAUAUAUUAAAGAAGUGCAUGAAAACUGUCA